CCGUCAGUCUGGCCAUGGGUUCGUUGCUCCCGCCGCUCCUGCUGCUGCAGUCCCUGGGACUUGUGUUCCUGGGCCUCUGUCCGGAGCCAGAUGAGGAAACUGGGACCCAGGGAAGUGCAAUCGCUUGCCCAAGGCCGCACACGUUGAGCCGGAUUCGAAACCCUAGCCGCAGAGUCCAAAUCCAGAUCUUUUCUCCACUGGACCUUGGCUGCUUCCCUUGAAUUUGCAAUGGGCAAGAUAACAGCAUGGUCCAGCUGCCAGGUGGGACAUUCCAGAUGGGGACAAAUUCCCCAGAUGGCAAAGAUGGGGAAGGGCCCACUCGUGAAGUAACAGUGAAGCCCUUUGCCAUUGACAAAUACCCUGUCACCAACAGAGAUUUCAGGGAAUUUGUGAGACAGAAGAAGUAUCUGACAGAAGCUGAAUCAUUUGGGUGGAGUUUUGUCUUUGAAGACUUAGUAUCUGAUGAGCUGAAAAAGAAAGUGACCCAGAAGCUGGAGUCUGCACCCUGGUGGCUCCCAGUGGAGAAGGCAUUUUGGAGGCAGCCUGCAGGUCCAGGCUCUGGCAUCCGAGAUCGGCUAGACUUCCCCGUGCUGCAUGUGAGCUGGAAUGACGCCCAAGCUUUCUGUGCCUGGAGAGGCAAGAGGCUGCCCACAGAGGAGGAAUGGGAGUUUGCCGCCCGGGGAGGGCUGAAGGGUCGAUUGUACCCCUGGGGGAACCAGUUCCAGCUGAACCGCACCAACCUGUGGCAGGGCAAGUUCCCCCAGGCUGAUACAGCUGAGGAUGGUUUCCAUGGAGCCUCGCCUGUAGAUGCUUUCCCUCCCCAAAACAACUAUGGACUCUAUGACCUCAUGGGUAACGUGUGGGAGUGGACAGCAUCGAUGUAUGGAACUCCCUUCCCUGGCCAAGACAGGAAGGUUUUGAGGGGAGCAUCCUGGAUUGACACAGUAGAAGGUUCAGCCAACCACCGGGCCCGAGUCACUACCAGGAUGGGCAACACUCCAGACUCUGCCUCGGACAACUUGGGCUUCCGUUGUGCGGCUAGCCCAGGCAGGCCUCCUGAGGAACUGUGAACAGAGACCAAGAGACAAGGGGGAGAAUCCCCUGUGGCCCUGCCCCCAUGGCCAGUCAGGACUCUCAACUCAGCCAAUGCCUUAUCAACAAAAUAUCAGGCCCAGAUGAAGACUCAGCUGGAGUAAUUCCAAACUCCACCUUGGCCAUAUCAACCAUUUUCCCUUUCUCGAUCCCUCCUCCACGAGUCGCAUUCUGUCAAGAACUCUGGCUAAGGCUGAAAAUAACCAGGACCUACAGGACUUAGCCCAUUGCCAACUCAGGAAACCAAGGCCCUCAGUACUAAUUAUAGCUUAGGUGUGGCAGACGCAGCCAACUGCACAUUAGAUGGAGAAACAAAGCUUGUAGCUAAGAAUUGUGAAUUGUUGGAAAUGGGAUGGACUUUCAAUACCAUAGAGUACAGAAAUUCUCAAACUAACGUAGCCAAGAAUACAGAUUUGGGUCUUGAAAUACAUUGUUGAAACCCUACAGUACUGGUUCAGAGGGUAGGGGUGGGAGGACAUGAGGUUAUGAAAUACCCUCUGAGAAUCAAGGGAGGUGGGGUUGCAGUAGGGAAAAUCUUGGAAUGAAAUAGAUGAAAUUUAAGUUUUUUCAUACCAAAAAAAAUUGUAUAAAAUGUUUUAGAUACUUUGUAAUUUACACUUAAUAUUUUAGAUCAGUAUACAUAUUUAAGAGGGAAGAACAGUGCUAUUUCUAAUGGAACCUCUAAUAGUAUUGUGUCAUUUCUUAGGUUCUAGCACCGACCUUCCAGGGUUGUUGUUAGGAUUAAAUCACAAAGGCUUAGCACAGUGCCUAGCACACAGUAAGCACUAUAUAAACACUCAUUCCCUUCCUUUCCCCUUCUGUGGAACCCAAUGUGGGAAUCACUGGUCUUGUACAAGCCCUUCAUUUGACAGGUAUGGAAACUGGAGCUCAGAGAAGUGACCAGCCCAAGGCCACACUGUCAGAAGCAGUCAGGACCAGCACUUGCUUUUUUCUUUCAGUCCACAGCAAUUUCCUUCACUAGGCAGAAGUUCCCAAGCAUUACUGGAGAGACUGGAGGUGGGCAAAGGUUGGGGAUGCCUGGGCAUAUGCAGAAGCCAAGACCAGAAGCAGAGCCCACCCUUGCUCACCCUCCAUCUGGGACCUUAGGUUGAGCUCCUGAUUAGCAGGGAGGGGACACCCCGGCCCUUUACUGGAAGACCCAGCAAGAGGGUGGGUGUCCAGAGGAGUCAAUUGGGACAGGGACUUAGAGCCAGUCUCAAGUGUGUCUAUCAGUAAAAAGGCUCUGCUCUGAACAAACAUACACCUUCCUCUAUGGAUGUCCUUAGACUGCAGCCUAAUGCUGACUAUCACUGGGGAGGGAAGAGGUUGCCAGGAGAUGCCUCAGGGCCCCUGAUGCUCAGAGAGUAAGUGACUGCUGGAAUCACACAGCUGUGCCCUGCAGAGCUGGGACCAGGGGCCAUGUGUGCUUAGAAGUCCUCACUAGGGUUCUGAUAGUCACUUUUCUUUGCCCAGUGGCAGUAAAUACAGCAUCGAUGAACUGAUGCACAGAUCAAAGGGAUGCCAUCUCCUGGGUCACAGGCUUCAUGUAUCAGUACUUGGUAGACUUGGACCAAAGGUCGAAAGAGCCUUCUCAAUGCAAUCACCAGCAUCAGGGGAAGAGUAGAACAGAGUGGUUAGACUCGGGCCAGCUCUCUCCUCCCCUACCUUUGCACACAGCAGUGGACUGGGAGUCAGAGGCCCUGUGUUUUAAUCAGAGCUCUCCCACUUACUAGCUAUGUGACCCUGGGCAAGUCCUUAACCUCUCUGGGCUUUAGUUCCUCUGUAAAAUGAAAAAAAAGACUAGAUGACCUCUAGGAUUCUUUGUAGUUCUAAAACUAUGAUCCUUUAUCAGCCAAUAAUAACUAGCUUACAUCUCCUUAUUAGCACCAUAGCCUAGAGGGUAGAGUCUAGGCUUAGAGCCAGGAAAACCUGGGUUCAAGUGUUGUCUCUGCCAUGUUUUGGCUGUGUGACCCUGAACAUGUCACUUAACCUCUGCUCUGAGCAACUCUAAGACUUCAAAGCACAGAGAAGAUGCUGACCUGCACUGGUAAAAGGAUUUUCCUCACCAGAAUUCCCACUUCUACUAAAAUCACUGAUCUAGUCUCUACCCCUUAUCUGAGUUUCUGUGGUUCCAAUAGCCCUAUGAGGUUGGAGUAAAUAUUAUCACUGGAAGGCCCAGAUAGGAGAAAUAACCUGCUCUUGUUCAUAAAACUCAGGAGUCACAAAGGAUCCCAAAGGCACCUCUUCGGCUCCAUCCUGUAUCCAAUCAAGGCAACAAGCCUGUACCUCAGCAACAUCGCUGGCCAAUAGUGAAGGCAAAUCCAGACUUCACCUGGAGCUCUCUGGUGACCCACUGUCACAAAUGGGCACAGCCAAUUUCACUCUGAGACUGCUCUAAUUGGCAACAAGUUUUUCCCAGCAAAAGCUUAAAUUUGCCUCUUUGCAAGUUCCACAGCUCCUGAUGCUGUUCUCUAGGACCCAGUACAGCCCUUCAACAGGACAGCCUUUUCAACACUUGCAGACAGCUCUCUUGCCCCUCUUUCCCUAUGGCAUGAUUUCAAGGUGCUUCAAUAUCCUGGCUGCCUGCACAAUAUACCUUGCCAAUGGCCUUCCUAAUGUGUCCAGAAGUUGAACAUAAUGCACCUACUGUGUGCCAAACACUGUGCUCAGCACUGGGGAUACAAAGAAAGGCAAAAACAAUCCUUGCCCUCAAGGA